AUGUCAAAUUUAGAAAAGAUAACUAUUAGAAGUGCUGUAGUAGCCGAUCUUCCCGUGAUGUUCAAACUAAUGGAUGAUGCUUUAGAAAGUUCAUCAGACGACGAUCCAACGGAGCAACGAUUGAAACGUUGGUCGACAAGAUUCUAUGAAGACUCACCGUUUAUAUUUUACGUUGCUGUGACCGAUAAUAAGAAUAUGAUUGGGUGGUGUUCUGGUCGGCAGACACUUGAAUGCAAUAGAACAGUUGGUGAUCAAACAUAUGAUUGUGAAGUGGGACAUAUGUUUAUUCUUAAACAAUAUCGACAUCGCGGUAUCGGUCGUGAGUUAUGGAAAGUUGUAUGGAACGAUGUUCUUAUGAGAUUUCAUCCAAAAAAUUUUAUUGUUUGGUCAGUUGAUAAAGAACAAACGCAUAAAUUUUAUCUGUCACUCGGAGGCACAUCGAUCGGGAAAAAGAACGUUGAAGAUACGGUUCUAACUGCAUACGUAUGGAGUGAUCUUAAACUAUAUGACGCAACAACUUUUCUAAUCUUCAAAUAA